CUCUAGCCUGCCCCAGACCCUAUAAGGCCAGGGAGUAGAGCAGAGCCGCUGGCAGCUGCACCGCCAUCUCUGAGGGACCCUCACACAGGCCAGCUGCGUAGCGUGUGACCAUGUCUGCCCAAAAGGAAGGGGGCCGGGGCCCCCCCAAGGCGAAGAGCAAGCUCAGCAGCUUCUUCGGGUCCCUGCCUGGCUUCAGUUCUGCACGGAACCUAGUGGCCAACGCCUACAGCUCAGCGAAAGAGGCCCAGCCUGGCACCACCCCUGAGGCCGCCCAGCCCCAGGCUCAGGCAGCCACUGGCGGGGAGCAGAGAGCCAGUGAGGCGGAGAAGCUGCUGCCGCCUUCAGACAAGAUGACUUCUGGAACAAAGGACCUGGUGUGCUCCAAGGCGACUAAAACCAAGAACACCGUCUCCUCUGGGGUGGCCAGUGUGAUGGAUGCAGCUAAAGGCGUGGUUCAAGGUGGGCUGGACAUGACCCAGUCCGUAUUGGCUGGCACCAAGGAGACUGUGACCAGCGGGGUCACGGGUGCAGUAGGCAUGGCCACAGGAGCUGUUCAGACCGGUGUGGACACCACCAAGACCAUCCUGACUGGCACCAAGGACACCGUGUGCAGUGGGGUGACUGGUGCUGUUAAUGCGGCCAAAGGAGCCGUCCAGGGGGGCCUGGACACCACCAAGACUGUAGUCACGGGCACCAAGGAUGCCGUGUCCACUGGGCUCACUGGGGCAGUGAACUUGGCCAAGGGCACUGUCCAGACAGGUGUGGAUACCUCCAAGACCGUCCUGACAGGCACCAAGGACACUGUGUGCAGUGGGGUGACCGGGGCCAUGAAUGUGGCCAAAGGGACCAUCCAGGGGGGCCUGGAAACCACCAAGAGUGUAGUCAUGGGCACCAAGGAUACAGUGUCCACUGGGCUCUCAGGGGCAGUGAACAUGGCCAAGGGCACCGUCCAGACUGGCAUGGACACCACCAAGACGGUCCUGACUGGCACCAAGGACACUGUGUGCAGUGGGGUGACCAGUGCCAUGAAUGUGGCCAAAGGGGCAGUCCAGGGAGGACUGGACACCACCAAGAAUGUAGUCACAGGCACCAAGGAUGCCGUGUCCACUGGGCUCUCUGGGGCAGUGAACAUGGCCAAGGGCACCGUCCAGACUGGCAUGGACACCACCAAGACUGUCCUCACUGGCACCAAGGACACUGUGUGCAGUGGGGUGACUGGUGCCAUGAAUGUGGCCAAAGGGGCCGGCACCGUCCAGACUGGCAUGGACACCACCAAGACUGUCCUCACUGGCACCAAAGACACCGUGUGCAGCGGGGUGACAGGAGCAAUGAAUGUGGCCAAAGGAGCCGUCCAGGGGGGCCUGGACACCUCAAAGACUGUCCUGAUGGGCACGAAGGACACAGUGUCUACAGGACUCUCGGGGGCAAUGAACAUGGCCAAGGGCACUGUCCAGACUGGCAUGGACACCACCAAGACUGUCCUGACUGGCACCAAGGACACUGUGUGCAGUGGGGUGACUGGUGCCAUGAAUGUGGCCAAAGGGGCCGUCCAGGGAGGACUGGACACCACCAAGAAUGUAGUCACAGGCACCAAGGAUGCCGUGUCCACUGGGCUCUCUGGGGCAGUGAAUGUGGCCAAAGGCGCUGUGCAAACUGGGCUGAAUAUGACCCAAAAUAUCGCCACAGGCACCAAGGACACUGUGUGCAGUGGGGUGACUGGUGCCAUGAAUGUGGCCAAAGGGGCCGUCCAGGGAGGACUAGACACCACCAAGAAUGUAGUUACAGGCACCAAGGAUGCCGUGUCCACUGGGCUCACCGGGGCAAUUGGUAUGGCUAAGGGGGCCGUCCAAGGGGGUCUUGACACGUCCAAGGUCAUCCUGACGGGCACCAAAGACACAGUGUCCACUGGACUCACUGGUGCCAUGAACGUGGCCAAAGGGGCCGUGCAAACUGGCCUGAACACGACCCAAAAUAUCGCCACAGGCACCAAGGACACCGUGUGCAGUGGGGUGACCAGUGCCAUGAACGUGGCCAAAGGAGCCGUCCAGGGGGGUCUGGACACCUCAAAGACAGUCCUGACAGGCACCAAAGAUGCAGUGUCCACUGGGCUCUCUGGGGCAGUGAACUUGGCCAAGGGCACCGUCCAGACUGGGGUGGACACCACCAAGACCGUCCUGACGGGCACCAAGGACAAUGUGUGCAGUGGGGUGACCGGUGCUGUCAAUGUGGCCAAAGGGGCCGUGCAAACUGGACUGAGUAUGACCCAAAAUAUCGCCACAGGCACCAAGGACACCGUGUGCAGUGGGAUGACAGGCACCAUGAAUGUAGCCAAAGGGGCCAUUCAGGGAGGUCUGGACACCACUAAGACUGUGCUGACAGGCACCAAGGAUGUCGUGUCCACUGGACUCACCGGGGCCCUGGGUGUGGCUAAGGGCACCAUACAAACUGGCAUGGACACCACCAAGACCAUUGCCACAGGCACCAAGGACACCGUGUGCAGUGGGGUGACUGGCGCCAUGAAUGUCGCCAAAGGAGCCGUCCAGGGGGGCCUGGACACCUCAAAGACAGUCCUGACGGGCACCAAAGAUGCCGUGUCCACUGGGCUUACCGGGGCAAUUGGUAUGGCUAAGGGGGCCGUCCAAGGGGGUCUUGACACGUCCAAGGUCAUCCUGACAGGCACCAAAGACACAGUGUCCACUGGACUCACUGGUGCCAUGAAUGUGGCCAAAGGGGCCGUGCAAACUGGCCUGAACACAACCCAAAAUAUCGCCACAGGCACCAAGGACACCGUGUGCAGCGGGGUGACAGGAGCAAUGAAUGUGGCCAAAGGAGCCGUCCAGGGGGGCCUGGACACCUCAAAGACUGUCCUGAUGGGCACAAAGGACACAGUGUCUACAGGACUCUCGGGGGCAAUGAACAUGGCCAAGGGCACUGUCCAGACUGGCAUGGACACCACCAAGACUGUCCUGACUGGCACCAAGGACACUGUGUGCAGUGGGGUGACUGGUGCCAUGAAUGUGGCCAAAGGGGCCGUCCAGGGAGGACUAGACACCACCAAGAAUGUAGUUACAGGCACCAAGGAUGCCGUGUCCACUGGGCUCACCGGGGCAAUUGGUAUGGCUAAGGGGGCCGUCCAAGGGGGUCUUGACACGUCCAAGGUCAUCCUGACGGGCACCAAAGAUACAGUGUCCACUGGACUCACUGGUGCCAUGAACGUGGCCAAAGGGGCCGUGCAAACUGGCCUGAACACGACCCAAAAUAUCGCCACAGGCACCAAGGACACCGUGUGCAGUGGGGUGACCAGUGCCAUGAACGUGGCCAAAGGAGCUGUCCAGGGGGGUCUGGACACCUCAAAGACAGUCCUGACAGGCACCAAAGAUGCAGUGUCCACUGGGCUCUCUGGGGCAGUGAACUUGGCCAAGGGCACCGUCCAGACUGGGGUGGACACCACCAAGACCGUCCUGACGGGCACCAAGGACACCGUGUGCAGUGGGGUGACCGGUGCUGUCAAUGUGGCCAAAGGGGCCGUGCAAACUGGACUGAACACAACCCAAAAUAUCGCUACAGGCACGAGGGACACCAUGUGCAGUGGGGUGAUGGGCACAAUGAAUGUGGCCAAAGGGGCCAUUCAGGGGGGCCUGGACACCUCGAAGGCUGUUGUUACAGGCACUAAAGAUGUCAUGUCCACUGGGAUCACUGGGGCAAUGAACAUGGCCAAGGGGACUGUCCAGACCGGCAUGGACACCACCAAGACCAUCCUGACCAACACCAAAGAUGCAGUGUCCACUGGGCUCUCCAGUGCUGUGAAUGUGGCCAAGGGGGCCAUGCAAACUGGGCUGAACACCACCCAAAACAUCGCGACAGGCACAAAGAACACCGUGUGCAGUGGGGUGAUGGGCACCAUGGAUGUGGCCAAAGGGGCUGUUGAGGGGACCCUGGAUACCACCAAGACCGUCCUGACUGGCACUAAAGAUGCUAUGGUCACUGGGCUCACCGGGGUGGGGAAUAUGGCCAAAGGGGCUGCCCAAAGUGGUCUGGGCACCAUCCAGAAUUGGCUGCCAACUUCCCAGGACACAGUAGUGGGCGUCCAUACUAGCUACAGGGCCCCAAGCCAAGGAGGGGCACAGACUGGCCUGCUUCCUUGGGAUGCUCCUUCCUCUGGAGUCUCUGGUUUCUCAGACAUACCAUGUGCAAGCCUGGUCCUUGCUGGGGAAGCCAUGGAGGGCAAUCAGGGCCUUGUGCCUUCUGUGGGGACAUCGCCCCAAGGAGCCUCGCUGGGCGGAGAUGCGGUGGAGCACACAGCCACCACGCGCUGCCCCACGGAAACUGUGGACGCAGUGGCCCUCCGGGGCGAGUUGGAGGAAGUGGGGGAAAUCUUCCAGCCCAUGACUGUCCAGGAGCAAGCCCGGCUGGCUGCCUCCGAGCCUGCGCCCAGGGUGUUCUCAGCCGACCAGGGCAGCUACUUCGUGAGACUAGGUGACUUGGCGCCGAGCUUCCGUCAGCGGGCUUUUGAGCACACCCUGAGUCACCUGCAGCACGGACAGUUCCAGGCCAGGGCCACACUGGCCCAGCUCGAAGACUCCUUCCAGCUGAUUGAAAAGGUCAAGCAGGCUCCUGAAGAGCAGACAUGGUCAGACCAGGGCUCCAGCUGCCAAGUGGAGGAAGCUGGUCCCCAAGAGGUGCCAGGUGCCGGGGCUCUGUCCAGGGCCUGCAGCCUCAUCCAGCAGCUCCAUGUGGCCUACAGCACCCUGGCCGCCAGCCUCCAGGGCCUCCCAGCAGAGCUCCAGCAGCAGGUGGGGCAGGCUCGGCACAGCCUCUGCAAGCUCUACGGCAUCCUGUCCUCCGCUGGCUCUGUCGCCGAGCUGCCGGCUCAGAGUCUGGCCCAAUGCCGCAAGAGCAUGGGCCAGGCGUGGCAGGGGCUGGAGGAGGUGCUGAACAGCCUGCAGCACAGCCCGCCACUCAGCUGGCUGGUGGGGCCCUUUACUCUCUACCCUGGUGAGCAGCAGCUGUAGGGCUCCCCCCUCAGAAACUCCUCCCCAGCCCCAAACCAGCUCUGAUUCCCCAAAGCUCUGGACCCUACAUGGGGGCUUGGAGGACCUUCUGAGUGAAGUCACUCUGUGCACACACCACACUGGGCUCCAGGCCUGCCUGCACCUGCCCCCUGUGCACAGCAGCCCCUCUCCUGAGCCCCUCUCCUGAGGGCCUUCUCUUAAGAGACCCAGAGCAAGCGCCUCAAUUAGGAAAGGUGGAAAUGUGUGCUUCAGCCCAGAAGGUUCUCCAGUCAGUGCUGACACUAAGGGACCCUUUCAUCUUUAGGGGACUCUUCUAGCCCCCCAAUCUGGGUCCUUUGCUAGCAGGCAACAGGUGGUCCUACUCCUCCACCCUGGGCUCCAGGGCACGGCCCUGGCUCUGACAGAGUAUUCCUGGCCCACAGCAACCAUGGAGUCUUAGUGCCACAGCCUUGUGCAGAAGGCCCUACAGGCACACCUGGCUUUAUUGCACUUUGCGGAUAUUGUUAUUACAAAUUGGAGGUUUGUGUCAACCUGCAUCUAACAAGUCUACCAGCGCCAUUUCUCUCGGCAUGUGCUCCCUUCCCAUCUCUGAGUCACACGUAAUUAAGGUGUGUGCACUGUUAUUUAUAGAAAUAAGCUAUUACACGCUUAGUAGACUACAGUUUAGUAUAACUGACUUUUACAUGUACUGGGAAACCCAAGUAUUCGUAUCACUCACGUUAUGGCGAUGAUAACUGCAUGUGGUGGUCAGGAACCCACACUCUCGAGAUGUGCCUGCGCGAUGCCAAGAUUUUUGAGGUAGUCACCAGCAGCACUGUGCAGUGGCUGUGGCUGUUGACAACCUGGGCUUUGGCUGGCCUGGCACAUGAGGACUGAAGAUGGGCAGGGGGCAGGUUUACCCCACAAGCCCCUUCCUGUCUCUGUCUGCUCCACCCUGUCCUUCACCUGGCGAGAUCAGCUAAGAUGCUUCCAGACCUGACAUCCCAUGGCCCCUUGGGCGCUUGGGCUACCCAUGAAAUAGGCCCUAGGUGGGUGUGACCACCACGGCUCCUGGGUCGUGGUUAGUGCUCGAGGCUGGAGAUGGGGGCUGGGUUGUAGCCAGCAACUCCAUGGGGCACCUUCCUGCCUGUGUGCUUUCCCUGGCUCCUCAGGGCGGUCUUGCCACGCAGGCAGCGCAUGGGGAAGCUAGGCCAGAAGUCCGGGCCCCCUCCUGCUGCCUCAGGCCCCCAGAAAUGUGAAGACUCAGAAUGCUCACACACACCCUCGCCAGGCCUCCCCAUCCUUGAAUGGGGACUAGCUGCCCAUCAGAAUGCCAGCAGCAGAGCCACGGCAAGCUCCCACUUCCCAGAGACGAGUCAUACCAUUUCCCAUCAGGGGGACUUGAAGUGCCCCACCAGGCUCCAGCAUUCGAGCUCUAGGAUGAAGGCCAGCUCUCCCCCAGAGACACCACAGGUACCAACAGUCAUGAGGGACUCUGCACUGGGAGAGCUGGGCUGCUGGUGACAUGGGGGCCACGUCCGGCAACCCCCCAGGCCUCGCUUUCCUCAUCUCCCAUUAUGUGACAGCCAUUCCCAGCAACCAGGCACAGUGAUUUGACCUCAAAGAUAGCUGCACCAAAUGGGGGUGCCUGGGCUCAGAAGUCUCAGAAGUCCCUCUGUUUCAGUGGGGAUGGAGGAAUCUGGCCAGGGAAGGCAGGGGAGUAAGGGCCACUGUUGUAACAAGCAAGGUGUCUGACUCACAUGUCCCCUUCUAAAGCCACAUGCCAGCCCCGUGAGGCCUGGGGUCGAACCCCAUGCAGGAGAGAGAGAGGCCCAGAGUGGGAGUGCCACUUGCCCCGGGCCACACAGCUAGGCCUGUCCCUGUUGCUCGCAAUCACAGCUCCAACACUGGGGACAAUGGACAGCCUGCAGCACCCCGGCUGGGUCAGGCUAGGGCUACUAAGGACCAUGGGUCUUGCCUAGGAGUCCAGAUGGCAACAGGAAAGUCAUGUCAGUGGAGCAAGGCAGAGGCUUCUGGGAAAGGCAUGGUCUCCACUGUCCCGGCCCUGCCUCAGUGACCACUGGAGCCUCAGCCACCCCUGCCCUCCGGACCUCUGGUCUUCCUGCCUGGGCGCUGGGCCACCAAACAUAGGAAGAGUCAAACCACAGCCUCUGUGUGAGCUGCAAUGUUCAGAGGUUUUUAUUUCUCUUCACUUUUGGAAAAGUCUUACUCCCCACCCCACCCUCCUGCACUGCAGGCCUAGGGCUGGGCCAGCUGGGCUGGGAGCACCGUUAAGAAUUAAGUUCACAUUUACUAUUAAUGGUGACCCUACGAUUUAAAACCCUUUGUCCCAGAAAGAGCCCCUGACAGUUGCAACAGUUCCCAGCUCCGGCCUGGCUGCACCACUAAUGCUAGAAAACCAAGCCAAUAAAAGUGAUUUUUUUUUCAUAAAAAAAACCCUUUAUAGUC